ACUAUUGCGAAAAUAUCCUGCUAAUGUCUUUCCUAUUGGUCUUUAAGCAAAGUCGCCAUUGAAUGCAUAUUUGAUAGAAAUUGUCAUUAUUAGUUAUUACGUUUUCAGCGUUUAUUAAGAUAUCGGCGAAUUGGUUGUAACAUUUAGGAAUCCUCAAACAUUCAAUGUAAGCAUAACUGAUGGAAAAGGAAACUUGGUUACAUGGAAAAGAGAAAUACCAUGAAGAAUUAAUAGCUGCAGAUAUACAUACAUAUGUGUAUCAGUCGUACAAUGUACCUACCGGCUUGACAACGCUCUAUCAAAAGAACUAUACUGAAAUCAAGUAUAUAUUCCUUGUUGAGAGGGUAUUUUCGAAGUGUGGUGAUUAUUUUUUCAUAAAAAAUGGUAUCUUUAUUUUUCUCGCAGCCAAUGACAUCUGCCAUGACUGGGGUGGAAGAACAAGAAAAACUCCUUGAAGAUGCAAUAGGCGUGGUCAAAGUUCAAGCUUUUCAAAUGAAGCACUGUUUGGAUAAGAUGAAACUCAUGGAUGCAUUAAAACAUGCUUCUACAAUGUUAGGAGAACUCAGGACUUCCCUAUUAAGUCCAAAAAGUUAUUAUGAACUUUAUAUGGCAAUUACAGAUGAAUUAAGACAUUUAGAAUUAUAUUUAUUAGAUGAAUUUCAGAAAGGAAGGAAAGUUACAGAUUUAUACGAGUUAGUGCAAUAUGUUGGUAAUAUCGUACCAAGAUUAUAUUUGCUUAUCACAGUUGGAUUAGUAUAUAUCAAAACAACUCCAGGCCUAAAAAGAAAUCUUCUUCGAGACUUAGUAGAAAUGUGUAGAGGUGUACAACAUCCUUUAAGAGGUCUUUUUUUGAGAAAUUAUUUAUUACAAUGUAUACGUAAUAUAUUACCAGAUGUUGCAGAAAGUGAUGAUGAAGAUGGAACUGUCCGUGAUAGCAUAGAUUUUGUUCUUAUGAAUUUUGCAGAAAUGAAUAAGUUAUGGGUACGCAUGCAACAUCAAGGUCACAGUAGAGAUAGGGAGAGACGAGAAAGAGAAAGAGAAGAAUUAAGAAUAUUAGUUGGAACAAAUCUUGUACGAUUAAGUCAAUUAGAAUCUGUUACAUUAGAUAAGUAUAAAAAGUUAGUAUUACCAGGUAUUUUAGAACAAGUGGUAAGUUGUAGAGAUGCAAUUGCUCAAGAAUAUCUCAUGGAGUGUAUUAUACAGGUAUUUCCAGAAGAAUUUCAUCUACAGACACUAAAUGCAUUCCUAAAAUCUUGUGCAGAAUUACAGAAUGGAGUAAAUGUGAAAAAUAUAAUAAUUUCUCUAAUAGAUAGACUUGCAGCAUUCAGUCAGAGAUCUGAUGGUGUAGGAGGACCAGGAAGUCCUAAUCAAGUUCCAGGAAUUCCACAGGAUGUUAAACUAUUUGAUGUAUUUAGUGAUCAAAUAGCAACUAUUAUACAGACUAGACAAGAUAUGCCGUCUGAAGAUAUAGUUUCUCUUCAAGUAGCUCUCAUUAAUUUAGCACAUAAGUGCUAUCCAGACAGGGUAGAUUAUGUUGACAAAGUUUUGUUAACUACUGUACAAAUAUUCCAAAAACAAAAUGUAGAUAAGUUGGAGUACAAUAGUGCUGUAUCAAGAGAAUUAGUUAGGUUAAUGAAAAUUCCUGUAGAUAAUUACAAAAAUAUUUUGACUGUCCUAAAAUUGGAACAUUAUGCACCUUUAUUAGAAUAUUUUGAUUAUGAGGGUAGAAAAUUAUUAGCUAUUUAUAUAAUAACAAAUAUACUAGAAAAUGAAACUUUGAUACCAACUCAAGAACAAGUGGAUGCUAUUUUGUCAAUGGUAUCACCAUUAGUUCAAGACCAAUCUGAUCAGCCUAGUAUAGAAGAAGAUCCUGAAGAUUUUGCAGAGGAACAAGGACUUCUUGGUCGAUUAAUUCAUCAUUUUAAAUCUGAUACUGCCGAUCAACAAUAUAUGAUAUUGAGUGCUGCCAGAAAACACUUUAGUGCUGGUGGCAAUCGAAGAAUAAAGUAUACACUUCCACCCAUUAUUUUUCAGGCGUAUCAAUUAGCUUUUACAUAUAAAGGAUUAAAAGAUCAGGAUGAUAUGUGGCAAAAAAAGUGUCAAAAAAUUUUUCAAUUUUGUCAUACAACUAUAACUGCAUUAAUGAAAGCUGAAUUAGCAGAGUUACCGCUAAGGUUGUUUCUUCAAGGAGCUAUUGCUAUAGGAGAAAUUCGUUUUAAUAACUUUGAAAUGGUUGCUUAUGAAUUUAUGAGUCAAGCAUUUUCAAUAUAUGAAGAUGAAAUUAGUGACUCAAAAGCUCAACUUGCAGCUAUCACAUUAAUUAUUGCUACGUUUGAACAGAUGAGUUGUUUUAGUGAGGAAAAUGCAGAACCAGUGAGAAACCAAUGUGCUUUAUAUGCUAGUAAAUUAUUACGAAAACCAGAUCAAUGCAGAGGUGUUGCUACAUGUUCACACAUAUUUUGGUCUGGAAAAUCUUUAGCUACAGAUGGAAAAGAAAUGCAUGAUGCAAAUAAAGUUUUGGAUUGUUUAAAAAAAGGAAUAAGAAUAGCAAGUCAAUGUAUGGAUACUUCUGUACAAGUACAAUUAUAUGUAGAAUUGUUGAAUCAUUAUAUCUAUUUUUAUGAAAAAGGAAAUACUGCGGUUACGAUACAAAUUUUAAAUCAAGUGAUCGCAAAAAUUAGGGAAGAACUUCCUAAUUUGGAAGUUAGUGAAGAAACAGAACAAAUUCAAAAACAUUUAGCAAACACAUUGGAACACUUAAGGAAUAGAAUGGAAUCACCGGAAUCUGAGGGUUUAUCUUACCAACGUCUUGUUUUGUAAUAAUAUAAAAAAGCCUUAUUAAAAUUUUGUAUAUAUGAUUCUAAAAAAAAAAUUACCUAAAAUGCGAUAAUCUGAAAUUUUAGAAGUACGUGUUUAUUUAAGAUACAUCUGUGAAAAACAAUUUGAUUAUAUUAGUCUACUUAAAUAAAAUAAAUUGUUAUAAUAA